GCUCUGCUGAAGGCAGAGAGGAACCGGCGCCGGGCCUGCACUGCCGGGCCUCUGCAGGUGAGCGCUCAGGUGGACUUGACCCCAGGUGGAGUCCUGAUGGAGGAGCAUCAUCGGACCUGAACCUGAACCUUUCUGAGAGCCCGCCCUGCAGUGAAGAUGAGAACAUGGUUCCUGUACUGACCUCCAGAGAAGCCAGUGAACUCCCGGUUAAUGAAGUAGUGUGCUCCCUGCAGGCCGACCUGCAGGGGGGGCUGACCCAGGAGGAGGUGCGCCGCAGGAGGGCGUACCACGGCUGGAACGAGUUUGACAUCAGUGAAGAUGAGCCGCUAUGGAAGAAGUACAUCUCUCAGUUCAAGGACCCCCUCAUCCUGCUGCUGCUGGCGUCCGCCGUCAUCAGCAUCCUCAUGCACCAGUUUGAUGACGCCAUCAGCAUCACUGUGGCCAUCAUCAUCGUGGUGACCGUCGCCUUCGUGCAGGAGUAUCGCUCAGAGAAGUCUCUGGAGGAGCUGGGGAAGCUGGUUCCUCCUGAAUGUCACUGCAUCAGGGAGGGCCGCCUGGAGCAGAUGCUGGCCCGGGAGCUGGUUCCUGGGGACACGGUGUGCCUGUCGGUGGGGGAGAGGGUCCCUGCAGACCUGCGGCUGUUCGAGGCCACCGACCUGUCGGUGGACGAGUCCAGUCUGACGGGGGAGACCACGCCCUGCUCCAAGAGCUCCGCCCCCCAGCCCACAUCUGCCAACAGGGACAUCGCCUCCCGCAGCAACAUCGCCUUCAUGGGGACGCUGGUGCGCUGCGGGAAAGCCAAGGGCAUCGUCAUCGGAACCGGAGAGAACUCCGAGUUUGGAGAGAUCUUCAAGAUGAUGCAAGCUGAAGAGGCUCCAAAGACUCCUCUCCAGAAGAGCAUGGACCUGCUGGGGAAGCAGCUGUCUCUGUAUUCGUUCUGCAUCAUCGGGGUCAUCAUGCUGGUGGGCUGGCUGCAGGGGAAGAAGAUCCUGGACAUGUUCACCAUCGGUGUCAGUCUGGCGGUGGCUGCCAUUCCUGAGGGUCUGCCCAUCGUGGUCACGGUGACGCUGGCGCUCGGCGUGAUGCGGAUGGUGAAGAAGAGGGCCAUCGUCAAGAAGCUGCCCAUCGUAGAAACUCUGGGCUGCUGCAACGUCAUCUGCUCCGACAAAACAGGAACUCUCACCAAGAACGAGAUGACCGUCACGCAGCUGUUCACGUCAGACGGGCUCCACGCCGAGGUGACCGGCGUGGGGUACAACGGAGCCGGAGAGGUUCUACUGAGCGGAGACAUCGUCCACGGAUUCUCCUGCCCUUCAAUCAGCAAAAUCGUUGAGGCCGGCUGUGUGUGCAACGACUCGGUCAUCAGGAGCAACAACCUCCUGGGACGUCCCACCGAGGGCGCGCUCAUCGCCCUCGCCAUGAAGAUGGGUCUGGAGGGCGUGCAGCAGGAGUACGUGCGUCUGGAGGAGCACCCCUUCUCCUCUGAGCAGAAGUGGAUGGCGGUCCGCUGCGUCCACCGUACCCAGCAGGACAAGGCGGGCGUGUACUUCGUGAAGGGGGCGUUCGAGCAGGUGGUCCGCUUCUGCAGCUCCUACAACAGCAGAGGCGCCGCGCUGCCGCUCAGCAGCCAGCAGAGGGAGCUCUACCAGCAGCAGAUCAGCUACAUGGGCUCCUCCGGCCUCCGAGUGCUGGCCUUCGCCUCCGGCUCUCAGAUGGGGAACCUGACCUUCCUGGGCCUGGUGGGCAUCAUGGACCCCCCCAGAGAGGGGGUCAAAGAGGCCGUCAGCACGCUCAUCAGCGCCGGGGUCACCGUCAAGAUGAUCACCGGAGACUCUCAGGAGACCGCCAUGUCCAUCGCCAGCCGCCUGGGCCUCCUCUCCAAAGGAUGCCAGAGCCUGUCAGGAGAGGAGGUGGAUCACCUGGACCUGCAGCAGCUCUCUAACGUCGUCCCCAAAAUCGCCGUGUUUUAUCGAGCCAGCCCGCGGCACAAGCUGAAGAUCGUCAAGUCCCUGCAGAACCUCGGCGCCGUCGUCGCCAUGACGGGAGACGGCGUGAACGACGCCGUGGCUCUGAAAGCCGCCGACAUCGGCGUGGCGAUGGGCCGGACGGGCACGGACGUCUGCAAGGAGGCAGCAGACAUGAUCUUGGUGGACGACGACUUCCAGACCAUCAUGUCGGCCAUCGAGGAGGGGAAGGGGAUCUACAACAACAUCAAGAACUUUGUCCGCUUCCAGCUGAGCACGAGCAUCGCAGCGCUCACGCUCAUCUCCUUGGCAACACUGAUGAACUUCCCCAACCCUCUGAACGCCAUGCAGAUCCUGUGGAUCAACAUCAUCAUGGACGGACCGCCAGCUCAGAGUUUGGGGGUGGAGCCAGUGGACCGCGAGGUGAUCAGGAAGCCCCCCCGGAACGUCAGAGACAGCAUCAUCACGCGCAGCCUCAUCGUCAAGGUCUUGGUGUCGGCCAUGAUCAUCGUCUGUGGGACUCUGUUCGUCUUCUGGAGAGAGUUGCAGGACAACGUGAUCACUCCCCGAGACACCACCAUGACCUUCACCUGCUUCGUCCUAUUCGACAUGUUCAACGCUCUCAGCUCGCGCUCUCAGACUCGGAUGGUCCAUGAGAUGGGGCUGUGCAGCAACCGGACCUUCUGCUAUGCCGUCCUGGCCUCCAUCAUGGGUCAGCUGCUGGUCAUCUACUUCCCUCCUCUGCAGAGCGUCUUCCAGACGGAAAGCCUCAGCGUCUUCGACCUGCUGUUCCUGGUGGCCCUCACCUCCUCCGUGUGCGUCGUCUCUGAGCUCAUCAAGAAGGUGGAGAGGGUGAGAGGAGCCCCGAGGAGCCCCCCCACCGACCUGUUCCUGGACGUAUGACGCCGCGCACCACCCCUCCCCCCUCAGCUGUGGCGGGGGGAGCUGGCGGCGCCACCUUCUUGGC